AUCUGGGUCUUCACCUCUCGGGCACAAGAACCCAUUUUGAGGGCAGUUUUCGUGAAACAAAAUUCACCGGCUGUCAAUUAUGGGUAGCCAUGGAUGUGACCAAAAUGGGGUUCUCAGAUCCUAUUCAGGUUCACCACCGAGCCAUUACAGUCUCAAAGUAGACUCGUUUUCAUUCAUGACUGAAAAUUCAGUGGAUGGUUAUGAAGCAGAGGAGUUUGCAGCUGGAGGGCACAAAUGCUCAUAGGAAAUUGGUGAUAUACCCAAAUGGAAACAAGAAAAGAAAUGUGGAAGGCCACGUCUCUCUCUACUUGGAAUUGGCUGGAGAAUAUUCACUUCAGGGUGAUUGGGAGAUAUAUGUGGAUUUUAGGUUGUUUUUACUUGAUCAGAAAAGGGGCAAGUACUUGGUUCUUGAAGAUGCUUUCGCAAAGGAAAAUUGCUUUCAUCGGGAAAUGCUGCGCUUGCCUGGUUUUGAUAGGUUUAUGCCUCUUGAAGAGUUUACUAAUGCCUCCAAUGGAUAUGUAGUUGAUGACACCUGCGUGUUUAGUGCUGAGGACUUUGUUUGUAAAGAAAGAACAAAAGGCAAAAGAGAGCGUUUAUUAACGACAAACAAUGCAGUUAUGCACAGGCAGGUUUGGAAGGUUGAGAAUUUUUCAAAGCUAGAUGAUCCAUUCUAUAAGUCAGAACCAUUCGUUGCUGGAAACCAGAAAUGGGAGAUACAGUUCUAUCCCAAGGGAAUUGCCCACGGAAUGGGGACUCAUCUUUCUCUUUACUUGGCAUUAUUUGAUUUUAAACCAACUCCUCCUGUGUUCAAGAUAUUUGCAGAGUUUUGCCUGCGUAUUGUAGAUCGAAAGCAUGCCAAUCAUAAGACAUGGUCAGGUAAACACUGUUUCAGUGCCACGUCUUCCUCUUGGGGUUUGCCUAAGUUCAUUAGAGCAAGUUCACCGGUGUAGUUUUGGGCGGGCACCAGCAAGGAUUGAUGAUGUGUUGACCAGACAAGGGGAAAAUCAUCCCUCCACUGGCCCAAUCUUGCCCAGCCAAGGUUUGGCUUUCCUUGACUAAGGCCAAGAAAAAAGGCAAAGCCUUGACAUAUUUCCUGACCAGGCUCGCCGGCUGCCAGCUCGGCAGGUACCUAUCGUUGCUGACGUCAGCGUGUUGUGUGGAGAGAGAGAGACGCGACGAAGGACGAUUGGAUCUGAUUUGCUCCACCUGGGGUUGCUUCGAUCUCGGCCUGGGGGCAGCGGAUGGGCGGGCUGACCACGGAGCAGCUGGGCGAGGCAACCUUGGGGGCGCGGGGACUGUGGCCGGAGGAGGGAGA